AUGUCUUCAAUCUUGACUUCCGAAGGCAUGGUCUUGGCGACGGCCAUGGCCGUCUCCGGCACCGUAAUUCUGCUGGCGUUUCGUCUUCAGAAGUCCACGCUUCAUCAGUUUGAAAUGAUGGUCAACGCUAUUCCUCCGGGUCAGUCCCCUGUUUCUCUCCCGCGCCCCUGUAUCUCCGCUUCUUCUUCGCCGUCAAAUUCUCCUUCUUCCUCUUCUUCAGAUGGGAAGAAGAAAGAUAAAAAGAAGAAAAGGGUUCACUUUGCUGCCGACGUGGUGGACCCGAUUGGAAACAGCGAUGAAUACAGAAAGAAUUUCCACAGUAACAGAGCAUCAGCCAACAACGCCACCGCCAGUAAUUCUAAUUCCGACGCUUCCACAACCCGUAAUUACGGAGGCAAAGCCGGAGGAAUGCCGGCGAACAGGGCCGCGUUGUACAGCGGGAUUCUCCGGGACCGAGCUCCAGAGGAUUUUCGCGUGACCUGGGAUCAUCGUGAAUCCCAGGAGAUGGGCGUUAUAAUUGAUGUCUGGUCUAAAUCCGACAAGGCUAGGAUCAAGCAAUAUAGGGAUGACAUUACUGCUCUGGAAUCCUUAAAAAAUGAUCUCAAUUGGACAAAAGUGCAGCAGUACAUUCCCCCAAUUCCUGUCAAGGAUAAAAAAGGAUCUUUAAGCAAGGUCAACAAGAAGAGGAAGUUGAUGAGACUAGUGAAAGCGUCAGAAGCAGGCGCUAAGUCAAAAAAGAAGAAGCAGGCUCCUCCAGUUGAGAAAGAAGGGCUGGUCGAGGAAGUUGAACCCGUCGAAGAAGAUAAGACAAAGGGCGCUGCUGAGAAUCCGGACACUUCUCCAGGGUCAUCAUCAUACACUGCAGCCGCCGCCAUAUUCCACUUUAGGAAUGAUAGAAUUGAAUGCCCCAUAAUAGAAGAGGUAGCCGAAACGAUGACUGAUGAAGAAGCCUUAAAAAAGCUAACAACCUCCUUGGCGAGCAUUCUUAUGCGCAAAAAGAAGCUAAGGGAGAAAAUCUCCAAUUUGGAGCUCGAGAAGGGGUUCCUCGAGCAAGAGAAGGCAAUCCACGAGGAGGCAAAGAAGAACAAGGAGUUAAUGCGAGCUACCAAGGAGGAAGAGCUGGCCACUGCCCAGGCCAUAAUGAUGCCCACUGAAAGGAUGGCCAAUGUCAUGGUGGGCAUCAGUGAAGCAGCUAUUGCACUAGGCGGCCAUGGUGUGGCUGUUGCUGCUCUCGAAAGGAUGGAAUCCGGAAAGCCUGUCAAUGCCGGCUGGUUAAAACCAUUCAUGAAACCGCAUCCUCACAAAACCCUGCAUGAAGCAAUGAAGAAUGGGUUGAUGCAUCUUGGCACUAAACAACUCCCUCUAUUCAGGCCUUUGUGUAGCGCCAUCCCCCAAAUGGGUUCACCUUCGGAAAUCACCUCCUUUGAAGGAGAUGCCCUAACGGUGUUACCUGCUGAGCCUGGGAAAGAGAUGCGGGUACCCAAGCUUAACCGCGAUUUCAUUGGUGCUGAGCUAGUUUCCGAUGAAGAUUCCUCCGAGAACGUCGAGGAGGAUAAGGAAGAGGAGCGGGGGCUUGAAGUUGAGAAGGAACCGGCAGGCAAGAAAGAGAUUUCCUCGACUCAGACCCUGUCGAGGGAACCAGUGAGAGCCAACCAAAUAUGCCGUCCAACCCAAAUGCCGUAUGAGUUCUUAUCUUGUAACAGGAUUUUUGCUACCUGGGAGCCGUAUUAUGUCCAUAAUGUGCAUUUGAUGAUUCUUGAGGAGGAUGAGAUCAAACAUUUCCCUAUGUAUGCCAUGAUUUCAUCAGCACUGAGAAAAUUCGGGAACGUUCACAAUACCACUAUAGUGAGAGCUUUCGAGAAGGAGAUUGUGGAUGCCGUUCAAGCUUAUAAUGUGCAGAUACACUCUUGCUUGGUGCAGUGUUUUCAACAAAAAGAGGAGGAGUGGAGACGUCGACUCCAUCAAUACGAUCUCGACUUCCAAGAUUCCCUGAUUCUAGACGCAAGUAUCAACGACGAGAAGAAAAAGCUGAAGGAUGAAAAUGCUCGAUUGAGGAAGUGUGAGAAGAUUGCGGUAUCUCCAUGGUUCCUCGAGAAGUUUGAGCUACUUGCCUUGGUCGAGAAACAGAUAGAAGUCCGGACAGAACGUUUCAUAGCUCCAAUUGAUCUCCAAAAGAAGAGAACCAAAGAAGUAGAGUUCUAUUCGAAACAAGUCGUUGUUCUACAGAACAUAUUGGCCGAUGAAGAAAUGCCGCUGCCCAUUUUUUAUGAUCUCGAUCCAGAUGAUGAAGCAAAAGAAAGGACAGCUGCUGAGGAAUAUCUGCUUAGACUCGACGAGCAAGAUUAG